AUGGAAAAUGAAAACAACACUAAUGCCAAUGAUGACUUGGCUCAAAAUCCCAAGAAAACACCUCCAAUCUCAAAGCCUUUAAGUUCGGCGCCUCCUGAUGCAGAAAUUCUACUUUCCCAUGCACAAUCAGUUCAUUCUCGUCCUGUCAGCUCACAAACUUUUGUACCCUUUUUCAAAAAAAUAAGUCAACAAUAUCAAACCAAAGAGGUUCCACAAAGUAGCAAUGUUCCAGCACCUAUAACCACCGGUACUUUUAAAUUUAAUGGUCCCUCUCAAGUUUCAGAAAAACAAGCUCCUCCUCUUGCAAAUGCGUCAUCAUCACCUGUGACAGACUUGCAGCAGCUUGCAAAGCCUUCUAACCAACCAGAGUCUCCAGAGUUUACUUUUGACUUUAAUACCCCCUCUAUCCCACCAUUUUCAACUAGUUCACCCAAAAUAGUGGAUUCCCCUUUAAUGAAUAAAUCUUUGCAUAGUCCAAUGACUUCACUUCGUCCACAACCGUCUCCUCGUCCUCUUCCUUCAAUCCCAAGUACAACAACAAAAAUGCAUAAACGACCACUCCCUGCUGUUCCAACUACGCCAAAAGCAUCAAGUUCUUCCAACAAUAACCAAAAAAGGUUAUCUCUACUUAACCAUAGCCCUAAACGUACUAUUGAUUUCAUUAACGAUGAAUCACAUAUCUCAGAAGCUCGCAAAUCUGAACUAACAGAAACUUUUGUUGUUGUCGAUGGAUCUCCCAAAAAGCAAAAGACUCAUACAAGUGAACACUCCGGUCGCACAAAUACUAUUGCAGUUACUUCUACAUUCACUGAUACUGAUGAUACCUCUACAUUUGCUUCAGCUUCAGAUAGCAUACGAGACUUGUUUUUUUCUCAAACAAAAAUCAAGGACUCAAAAACUAGACAGCAAACAAUUGUACAUGCUGCUAGAUCUGAUACUGUUAUAGCAUCAGAAUCUUUGGACAGCAUUAACGAUCUUUUUUAUUCAAGGAAAGUAGAGACUACUGAAGAAUCAGUUACUUUACGCACUAACGUCAAUCCACAUGAGCCUGUUUCUCACAAUAACCAAAACAAUCAAGCAAGCCUUUUCAGAGAGCCAGUUAAUCAAAAGACUCGUCUUGAAACCACAACAACAAAACCGCCAACCGUUCAGGCUGUUUCCACCCCUAAGCUCGUCACCAAAUCCACAUCUACUGAUAGCGUCCAAGAACUUUAUGUUGUACAUAGAACAAAAAAUUCAACUAUAACCGAAACCAAACCGUCAACUAGUUCUCCAAAAAACAUGAGUUCAAGCCAAGGAACUAAACGAUCUCUUCAAAGUAGUUCAUCUUCUAGCCAAGGACGUGACCAAUCUUCUCAGAGCAGUUACCGAUAUUCUCAGAGCAGUGCACCUUCUAGCCAGGGAAGCAAUCGAUCUCCUCUGAGCAGUGCACCUUCUAGUCAGGAAAGUAACCGAUCUUCUCACAGCAUUUCACCUAGUCAAAGCAGAAAAUCUUCUCAAGCUGAUGUAAAACCUUCGCUUAAGUCUCUAAAACAGCAACAACAAAAACAAAAACAACGACCGUCUAACAGUCUUCACCAAGAAGCCUCUCGUACUUCAACAAAUUAUGAGCCAUUCUUUUCAAGCCGAAUUAUCCCCAAUCUUGACCCAAAAGACCGUGAGAAAGCACAAGAGUUGUUUAACAUUAUCAGCGCAGAAGCUCGUCUUUACAAAAGCUGGUAUGUUGACGUCAAGAAUAUAUGGGAGCAAGUUGUAUCUGAAUUAAGCAGAAUGGCUCCUGAUGAAGAAGGUCGUGAUUUUGCACUCAUUCAUGCUGGUGUCAUGAAGGCUUUCAAGGACAUGUAUCUUAAAUUUUACAUGCAUUUGGACACUUUGCGCUAUGUGAUCUGCACCAAAAAAUUGAAAAGUUAUCCUCUUUAUCUUGAAAGAAUUCAGGAGGGAAACAGGCGAAUGAGGGAAGAACUUGAUAGAGAAGUGGCUAGGCAAAAAAAGAAACAAGACCGCAAACUUAGCGCAAUUGGAUAUAAGCCUACUCCGUUGAACGAAGCAAAGCGAUUGCAGAGCUUUGAAAAUAUCCCUAGUGCACGAGAUUCUAAGGAAUUUUCUAAAGGCGAUGAGCUUGAUGAGGAGGAAGAUGAUGACGAUGAAGAAGAAGAGGAAAAUUACUAUUAUGGUGAAUCCAGAGACAACUUUGAUCAAGAAGAAAGUGACGUUGAAGAGGAAGAUAGCUCUUCUAAUCCUCCUAAUCCAACACAUGGCGGUAAUUUAGAUCCUAUGCAAAUGGCGAAGAGGACAGAAUCUCGAUUGGUAAUUGAGGAGCUUUUAAAUGGAACAAUUUCUCAAGUUGAAGAUGAAGAAGUUGCUAAAUGCAACUUAGUUGGACAAUCCAAUUUACUUACGUCAACACUCCGUGACCAUCAAAAGGCAGCACUUAUGUGGAUGACGAAAAAAGAACACCAAGAUACAGGUGGAAUUCUCGGCGAUGAUAUGGGAUUGGGAAAAACUUUGGAAAUGAUAUCAAAGCAGGAAGAAUGCAAAACUACUCUUAUUGUUGUUCCUGUGUCAUUGAUUAAUCAAUGGAAACAAGAAAUUGAAAAACACGUUCAAGCAAAACAUAAGCUGAGCAUUUUUGUUUACUACAAUAUUGGCCGCAAUAAGGUAACAUUUGCCGAGCUCGCAAAAUAUGAUAUUGUCAUUACAUCUUAUGGUAUACUUGCAAGUGAAUACAAGCAGCACUUCUUACGACAUCACGACCUGAAAAAAAACCCCAAAAAAUUGGCUGGUCAAUCACCCUUUUUCCAAAUUCGUUCUAUUUGGUAUCGCGUUGUGUUAGAUGAAGCUCACAAUAUUAACAACCGCAACACUGUAACUUCUCGUGCUUGUGCUGCACUUGAAACAAAGUAUCGAUGGUGUAUGACAGGAACACCAAUGCAAAACACUGUCAUGGAUCUUCAUUCUUUGAUUUACUUUUUGAGAAUCGGACCUUAUACAAAUACCAAAAAGUUUAGAAAAGAGAUUGCUUUGCCUUUGGAAAAAGGUCAGGGAGGUCCGAGCAGGAGAGUAAUGGCCAGACUUCGUACUUUAAUUCUUUCCAUCAUGAUUCGCCGUACUAAAAGCUCUCUAUUUAAUGGUAAACCUAUUUUGGCACUUCCACCCAAAAAAAUAAUUGAAAUCCAAGUGGAUAUUGAUGAAGAAGAAAAAGAGUACUACAAAAUUUUGGAAAAUAACUCGGCAGAAAGUGUUGUAAGACUUGCGAAAGGAGGAAUGAGUCACAAUCUAAUGCACAUUUUUGCUCUGCUUACCAAACUACGUCAAGCUGCUGAUAAUCUUAAGAUUCUUGAAAAAGCGGAUUUGGAUAAAUACAAGGAGUUCCAAGUCAAUCGUAUAAAUGACCAUGCUGUUAAAGUUGCAAGGAAUCUUAACACCCAUGCUGUCACUAGACUCAAAAGCUUAUCAUACUAUCAGUGUCCAGUUUGUCUUGACGCUGUUGACCGAGAUAAUGUUGUUAUCUUUUGGCCCUGUGGGCACUAUACUUGUGAGGAAUGUUGCUUAAUGAACCUCCAAGAUGGAAAUGACACAGAAACUGACAGGAUCUUGAGAUGUCCCACAGAAAAAUGUGGACUUCCAAUUGAUGAGAAGGACAUUUUCAGUUACAUUGUCUUUCGUUGGAUUUACAUUAGAAAUAUGACUAACGAUCAAAUACGCCAAAACCGCGAAAGUUAUAGGGUGCUGAAGAAAAUAUCUAAAACCAGAGAUAAUCGUCAUCAAGGACAAGAAAAGCCGUUUGAAAAUUCAUCUUUUGAUAUAAAAGAUGAAACAAAGUCCUUUUUAAUUCCCUUGGAUGACCUUGACCAACCAGAACAGCAAAAAGCUACUGCAGCAGAUAGCUUUUGCAUCAAUAACAAAGAAAUAGAGUUUCCACUGCCUCCUUUCACACUUUCAGCCGAAAGCAAGUUCGCCCGUGAUGGUCCUUUGGUGGGACCCUUAUUGUCUAAAAAUAACGAUUGGGAGCAGGUAUAUCCACGCGGGUGGUUUAAAUCGUCCAAAGUGAUCAAGUGCAUGGACGUUUUACGCGACAUUUUUUCAGAAAAAAAAGAAAAUAAGGUGAUUAUAUUUUCAUCAUUUUUAGGCAUGUUAGGCUCAGUUGAGCUCUCUUUAAAAAUGGAUUUCCCUUCAAUUUCCUAUGAUAGAUAUGAUGGAAAGACCAACUUUGAUAUGCGCACCAAAAUUAUUGAUGAUUUUCAAGGGAAACUGAACCCUCAAAUUUUGUUGGUUAGUCUUAAGGCUGGUAAUUCUGGUCUUAACUUGACUGCGGCGGCUAACGUUAUUUUUCUUGAUCCGUUUUGGAACCCAUAUGUUGAGGAUCAAGCCAUGGAUCGUGUGCACCGAUUUGGGCAAAUGUCACCAGUGACUAUAUACCGCCUUUCAACUCCGAAUACUGUUGAAGAUCGUGUUUUGUAUCUUCAGAAACGCAAACGUGCAAUUAUUGACACGGCACUCGAUGAAGGUGAAAUCAAACGCCUUUCGCGCCUCACUCCUGCUGAAAUUUUCUUUUUGUUUGGUUUGGGGAAUUAA